CAAAACGUUUUAAAUAUAACCACAAUGGCGAUGCUGGCGUGUUCUUGGGCACUUGUUCCGGUAUUGGUCGGGUUUGUACAGGGCUGCUGCCCCCCUCCUCAGUUGGAGGGAAUCGCCGUCGCAGGAGGAUUAACGGUUACAAAAUCCAUGAUGUUUAACGAGACAAAUGACCCGUAUUCUGGUUAUUCCAAGAUAUACCACGAUGAGGUUAAGCGAAAGUUUGCCAAGGAUGUUUACAUAACGUUUGAGAAGGCCGGGGCCAUGACCUUAUUCGUCCUUGAAGAUUACGCUGGUGGAAAAAGGUACAUGGUUCUUAAUGGAACAUGUAGGGUAGCUCCGCUGAAGGGGGACUUUAAUCGAGAACUGUGCGUUUCUCCGUCAAAUUACAAGGACAAGAUGGUUCUGGGACUGGGAAAUUACACGAUCCUGAUGGACUUAUACAGCUUGAACUACUCCAAUCCGGACUUCGACAUCACAGGGGAUGCCAUGGUCUUUCCUCUGACGGAAGAACGGUGCGUUUCACAAUCAGAAAUGAUCGUGGCUAAGAAAGGCUCGAAAUUCGUCGCGAGGGAGUCAGCAAUUCUGUACAAUACAACAGACAGUAUCUCCGAUUCCUCUAUAUUUGACAUUCCCAAGGAAUGCCAGAAUAAUACACAACUGAAAUUUGUGCCUCAUUUUCACGUACACUUACAUGCCUUUAAAAUAAAAAUUUAGAUCUUAAAUACAUGUGUUUAAAUUUAAAAUAUAUAUGUUGGCAUGUUUUACAAUUGGCAUUUCUUUGCUAAUUUGUUAGUGCUUAUUCAGUGAAACUUUUCGAAAAGAUUUGAAAGAAAUGAGACGAAUGCUCCGUGAUCUUAGAAGAAUUAUAUAAAGGCAACCUUAUGUACUAUUUUGUAAAGAUUAUAUCAGCAAUGUACAAUAUACUGUACAAAUAUAUAUUGACUAAAUACUAGCAUACGAAUGUAAGCCUUCUACAUAAUUGUGAAUAUUCUGGUUUGUUGUAUAUUUAAAAAUCACAUUUUGGUUUCCUGGUGUAACAUAGGGCCUCAGCAACCGCUCUCCAUCGCACUCUGUUUUGAGCAGCAUUUUCAGUUGUCCCCAGCUAUGUCCACACUGUCUUAUUUCCCCUUCAUAUGACUUGAGAUAAGUUGUCCUUGGACGCCCAACUUGACGUUUGAUUAAAAACAUUAUAUAUACAUA